GAUGCCGACGAUGAAAAUCGAAGUGACGGAUGCUGACCUGCCCCUGAUGGACUCUUCCAGUGAUGAGGAGGACAUGCCGGCAACGAUAGAAGUGGAAGACACAAAGGCUGAACCGAAGGUGGUACGGGUAAUUUCCGAUCCUGUCGCGUCCAUGAGCCUGCGGCAAAUUACUCCACUGACUGCGCCGACUGUGUCGGUUGGCGUCAGCAUAGCUGUUCAGGUAGAUCCUGAGAUGCUGCUGCCGGGCGAGAUGUCCCCGAGGGAGCCGGAUAGCCCAAAGCCGGGUGGCCGGAGGCCUUUUGUGGGCCGCACUGGGAGCCAGGCGAACGCCAGCGACGACACGAUCUUCGACCCAGCUGACGACCUGGACGUGGACCUCGAGGUCGCGCAGAUCAUGGAGCCGAAUCUCCCUCCACUUACAGGGCGCGAGCGAUCGAAGAGCACCUCCAAGAGUAUCAACAAGCGCGCGGUGACGCUUCCUACCGAGGCCGAUCUCACGCAAGCACCGCUGAUGACGAUCAGCUCUCAGGCAAAUUGCUUUGCUUUUGUACCCAACAACAAAGCAGACUCUGCGCGCCCUUCCUCCAGGAACAUAACGAAGCCGCGCUUCGCGCGGUCUGCUUCCCGAAAUGGAGCCGCCACGCCAAGAAAUGAUGGAAGUGGCCCCACCACACCGAGGGUCGCGAGGACUCUGACAGAGAGCUCUGUGGGCUCAUACGGCUUAUUUUGA